UCACUGUCAUGAUACUGUGAGGAGGCGUGUAAGCUGUAAUUCUUCAGUCAGCUCGUAAUAUAUAUAUCAGGCCAAGCAACGAGACGGGACUCAGACAGCCAUACGACUCGAUCAGGGACUCCGACAUUCCUUUCAAAGAAGGCAGUUCAUAACCAACUGUAAAGAUGAUCGAUCAAGACGUUGCAAUUGAAGCUUUGGGCAUAAUCUGCAAUGCUCAUGUAUCAUCUGUUCAAAGACCACGUUCAGCUGGCAUGGAUUGUCAUGUACAGCGGAUGGGCAUCAAUAAUUUCAUCUGCACAAUGGUGGAUUCAGAACAAACCUGCAGGGUGUCAGGACUGAAUUACAGACACCUCCAAAGCAUGUUGCAAGGUUCUGGACAAGAUGAUGACGCAGGAGGCUUUGCUGAAGCCCACAUGAUGGAUGUUUCAACAACAUCAAGGAAUCUUGUCAUUGACCAAAAUGAAUUCUUUGACCCACCGUUCAACUAUGAUUUCACCCAUUUGAAAGACACAGAGACCUAUUUCAGAGGUGGAGAGGUGUAUGAACGCCCAUGUGGUUGGCAGCGUUUUGGUCUGAAGGUCCUGGGUAAAUACGAUGGAAACACCUGGCUAGGGACCCGGUAUCGUAGCACACAGUCAGUGCCAGGAGAGUGGCCUGUGUCCUUCCAUGGGACAUCAAAGGCCGGGGCUGAUGGCAUCAUUUCUGGAUUUUACGAGCCUGGCCCAGGUGCUGUUUAUGGCAGGGGGAUUUAUUCUACUCCUUAUAUCAAAGAGGCAGAAAAAUAUGCCAAAUCAUUCGUCUCCUACAAGACGGGCAAGAAGUACAUGGUGAUUCUGCAGAAUCGUAUCAACCCCAGGUACAGGGAGAAACACAACAGCGACAAGUACUGGCUGGUUCGCAUCCCCAGAGGAACAUCAGAUGAAGAAGAGCAGCAGAUGGUCGAGAGGGCCAUCCGCCCUUAUGGACUUCUGUUGAAACAACUUAAUUAACUGGGUAAAAAAGGUCACAAGAAAAAAAAAUGUAUUUCCUAAGUUGUAUUUUGAUAUUCAGUAGGUGUGUUGUCUUUGAAGUGUAAACAGUGUCUGUAGUAAUCCAUGCAAAAUACUCUCUGAUGUCAAAUUAAAAUCAUAGCUAUAUAUGUGUGAGUGUGACCUUCCUGCAAUGAAAUUUCUCUGCUCCAUGUUUUAUUAAGCCAUAACAUUAAAUAAACAGAAUUUUUUCAAACA